CAAACAAACAAACAAUAAAAAAAUCUAUAAUAUCUUUGGUACCGCAUAAGACUGAAUGGGGCUACGGCAAGGCAUAAUUCACGAACGGCAUAAAGUCCCAUAGACAGUAUAAACUUCAAAGAAAUUAAAAAAAAACAUCCAUUUAGUCUACCAUAAUGCAUGCCAUUGUUGCUGGCUCGCUCUCGCACACUCAUACACACGCGAUAGAGCGAGACAGGUAUCUGUCUUUAUUCUAAGUGUAGGCAACGACCAACUCCGUGCAUUCUCAGUUUGAAAUAAGGCGACGUCGUAAGCGGACGUUCGUUUGAUUUUCUGAAAUCAUUUUUUUGUUGUUUAACUACGAUUUCUGUUGGUUUUGGUACUUUUAGUGUUAGUUUUUGUAACUCAAGUGCUUGUGAUUGUGGCAGUGACACUGCAAAUUGUUUGAAAGUUAACGGAGUUGCUUUGGAAUUCAUUUCAUAAAGAAACUCCAAGAAACAUGACAACGUCAGAAUAGAAAAGAAAAGAAGAUAGAUCCAAGAUGGCGGCUAUAAAAGAAGCAACCCAACCCCCUUUUAGUGAAAGAAUACCAACAUUGAAAGAUAUGAAAGAGAGAAGCAUAGACAAAGGAAAUAUGGCCAUAGAUCUCAUACAUAGACCUUAUGUAAUCUACAACGAUUAUAGUAAUAAAAGUACGAGAAAAGAUGGAGUAACCUACUGUUUCGUAAGCGUUAUAAUAAGUUUCAUUUUCGGUUUAGCAAUUGGCAUUAUUUUAAUGAGCGGUCAAUAUGAAGACAGACCUAUAGCUACCGACAGACAACCAUACAAACAAAAUAUGAAACUAGACAAAGCUGAAAUUAAGACUGAACAAAAUAGAUUUUCAGCUGUAUCCUUCACUGGUUUAGAAAACAAAUAUAACAAAGAUAUAUACCCGAAAGGACUCACUGAAGUUAUGAAAGAUAUUUUAAAGGAUACAACAAGUGAUAGCAGACAUCAUAAUAAUAUAGUUAUAAACAAAACGUUUGUACCAGACCAUUCAACUGUUUUAUAUGACAAUGUAUAUUGGGGUCCGCAAAUUGAAGACUCCAUGCCCCAAGGUUACGGUGACAAUUCCGCUGAAAUCUGGGAGAAAUAUAUAGAAGAUAGUGAAGUAGUUAAAAUGGAGGCUGGCUGUGGCCGGAUGCAAAACAGACUGAUCACCUUCAAAGAUGGCCUACAAGCUUGUGUCAGAUACAGACAAAAUACUGAUCAAAUUCAAGGCGAGAUAUUCAGUUUCUAUGUCGGCAGGUUGCUGAAUCUAACAAAUUUAGCUCCAUCAGUAGUCAGAAUUGUUGAUUUGAAGGAUAAACUUUGGAAGAAUGUGGCCAAUGACAUCGCCAGCGCGCAAUGGGGAUCAAACAGAGCUGUGGUCAUAACUCAAUAUAUACCAAGUUUAGAAUCCGCUUCGAUUCCCGAUAUAUUCCGCCCAACGAACAGACAUUUAAAUAAAUUUGAUAUCCUAAAAAUGUCCUUAAAAGAAAAUGAGACGGAGAUUAAUAAACAGAUUCUUAUAGACAAACUAAGAGUUAAAGGUCUUAAGAUCAAAGAGGAAAAAGCCAACUUCAGUCAUAUAGAAGUUAAAUUAAACAAGAAAACAAUUGAAAGGUUUCUAGAAUUAGCCCAAUGGUCAGAUUUGAUCAUCUUCGAUUACUUAACGGCAAAUUUGGAUCGCAUUGUGAACAAUCUAUUCAAUUUUCAAUGGAAUAUUAACAUAAUGGAUGGGCCCGCACAUAAUCUAGCUAAAAAAAUGGAUAGUGGACUUUUAAUAUUUUUAGACAACGAAUCGGGGUUAUUACACGGGUACAGACUUUUGAAGAAAUAUAACGUGUAUCACAGUUUAAUGCUAGACAAUCUCUGUGUUUUCAGAAAGACUACAGUGAAAGCUUUAAAAAGACUGUUUAACUCAAAAUCGGUGGGUAGUUUGUUAAGUGAUAUGUUUCAUAAGAAGAAUUCAGUGAUAAUAAGGGAUAUUUUGCCGUCACUCCCUGAAAAGAACUCGAAAAUCUUAUUAGAAAGAAUAGGUAAAGUUUUAAAUCAAAUUGAAAAAUGUGAACUUAAUUUUAGAUAGCCCAUUUUUUCAUGUCGCACUGAUUUUUAUAUUAUUAUCAUUUACUAGAAACAUCUUUUAAGUUACAUGUCUCCUUGCUAACUCUGACGAAUCACUCAAAUGUAUUGAACUGACAAGUCAAAGUCACGUCACUUGUGGAAGAGGAAUGUCAUUCACAUACAUUUGAAUUUUUCUGUUGUUGUGUAUUUUUAGGUAUGUUGUGGUGGUGUAUACAGCCGGUGUUUUAAACUAGAACUUAAAAUACAAAACUGGUCAAGUGUAAGUCGGAAUUCCGACACUUAGGGUUCCGUAUGACAAAGAUAAUGAAAAACAUCAUCUGUGUAAAUUUGGAACGUCUAUUUGUCACCUUCCUUUCUUACCCUUUGGAUACGGAACCCUUAUAAAAAUCACUCAAACACAACUUAAAUUGGAAGUCACCGUUAAGUCUCACGCUGUUUGCCACUUUAAGGUGAAAAAGGAGCAUCAGAACACCUUAACCAUCUCGAUAUAAGAUGAGUCAUAUAAUUGUUUAACUUUUGAUUCUUAUUUAGCGACAGCAAAAUUUCUUGACUGCCUUUGAGUGAUUCAGAAAUCAAUUCAGUUAUUUUGGAAUGUAUAAUUAAUUAUUCAAAUGUUAUAAUUAAUUUGAAGACAUGUUUUUGAUGUCAGCUCUUUAAGUAUCUUUUGAAAGCAGAGCCAUAGCAAAAUGUUAGCAAUUAUUCUGCAUAUUCGCGAGAACUUAUUACAAAUUGCUUGUUUUAUAAUAGCAAUUUUGCGACAAAUUUGCUUUUCAAAGAUACUUAAUGAUGCUAUUGAUUUUAUAUAUCUAUUUUUUUAACAGAUUUUUCAAAAGUUCCUAUUGUUUAGACUUUUUCGGUUGAAAAUGUUAUGUAAAACUAUGGUUGAAUAAUUAACUUAAUUACUAAGUGAAAUCAGUAAUGUAAUUCUUUGAGAUCAGUGCGAAAAAAAGUGAUAUUUUUAAUAAUAUUUUGAUGCCAAAUAAUUACUAUUUAUUGUUAAAAAAACUAUACGAUUAGUUUAAUAACUAUAUGUGCCAGUUCAUUUUGUUAAGUGGACAAAAUAUAUUUUAUAACACCAGCCUGUAACUGUCCCACUGCAGGCCUCUCUUA